AUGUCGGUAAAGCGAAUGUCGUCUGACAGAUCGGAGUCAGAAACGUUGAGGUACCACCACCCGGCCUCGAGUGACAAACAUUCCAAUUCCCAAGGCACACGACACAAAUGGGCAGAGCAGAGAAGAAAUCUGAAGACGGUAUACGGCAAUGAUCUUUGUUCGGAUGUCCUUUCCGGGCUCGCAGCAGCAGCAGGGCCCACUGCCGCCGGGCGCGCGGGCGAGGGCGAUGCGAGCAUGGCUCGAGGAGAGGGGGCGAUGGGGGCGGGCUUAUGCGACUGCAUUGUCGGCUCUUUCGGCAUUGAGGCUCAUGAUGGACGAGCAAGGGGCACUCGAGCGGGAAGGCGAGCAGGGAUCGGACGCGCUCAUGCGAAGGCUGGGCGAUGCAGUCCCACGGAAACGCGGCGCAGAUCGAUGGGAUCCGAGUCGGCUACUCGCUCGACCGCCAACACCAGCGCCCAGAUAUCCGGCCCGCUUCCGCCCUCUCGACGUCUCGAUCGUUCGUCGUCGAAUCCAUGCGCACGAAAUCGGCUCCGAAUCGCGAGUCCAAGAACUUAUGCUGCCGCGGCAGCCGACGCACCACCAGCGCCAGCGCCAGCGUUUCGUUUUGUCAAGCAACUUCUCGAAAAAGAAAAUACAAGAAGCAGUACGAUCCGUAUAAUGAUGCGGCUUUUUCUUUCUCCUGUUCUCUUUUCGUCUGUCAUGGCGGCAUGGCUUCGCUCGUCGCCCAUCGUGAUUUAUUUCUUCGCUGCCGGGGCUCCCCCGCAAUUCACCGCCGUCCAACAUUCGACUCGUCCACGUCCACGUCCCCGUCCCGCCCCGCGUAUAUACCCCCGAUCGGCGUAG